CUUUGUAACCAAUUUUUUAACAGGUUGCACCUAAACUACCGUAGGUAGAAAAAUUAGCCUAAGUUAAAUAUGGCUUUCCAAUCGACUAUUGAUAUGCUGCAGUAAUCAGCAUCAUUCGACUCAGGAGUCAUGACUUUCUUUGUAAGUCUGGAAAUACAAGUCCAUCCGCGUCUUAGCGUCGCUGUACGAACUUACAAACCAAGUUUUGUACCUGCUGUCAACUACAAUACCACUCGUAAAAGCAUCCAGAAGAGUCAAACAACGAUUGACCUUCCGCUCUGCGAGUGCCUGAACGACUUUGGCCUGAACUCUGACCUUGGAUUUUAGAUCAUCCCUUAUUUAUUAUAUAUUAUUUGUUAUCGGAAUCAUGUCUGGUUCUGGGCUCAACCCUGUCCAGACCUGGCUUUGGUCAGAACUUGAUGAUCUUGGUAUUGAUGGAGUGAUUUACAGUCGACAUAUUCUUGAUCUUCUGAUCAGUUCCAAACAUUCUGUCGACUAUCUUUUGGACAAGAAAGAACAAGAUAUUUUUUCAAAAAUCACUCCAAGUACAAAAAAGAGAAAACACAAAUAUUCGAGACGAUCAAGUUCAUUCUCUGCAUGCGAAGAAAUUCUCUGGAAAAAAGAAAUCGCAGUCGCUUGUUUACUUUCUGCUGCUGAUACGAAAACCAACACAGAAGACACAGCAAGUACUAUUCAACAGGUUGUUGAUGAAUUGUAUGGAAAACUUGCUGGACUUCAUCUCACUUCAGAUAUCGUCCAACCGAGGUCUGAAGGAGAUUGUCCAUUAACUGAUUAUAAUGGAAAUAAUGUGGAUACGGUUGACCGACAAAUUGUAGCCAAGUCGAAAAAGAAGGAAAAUUACGAAGAUGCAUUUCCUUCACUCGAUGGCUGUAGUGGUUCUCCCGUUAACAAUGAGUUUUCUGAAACUAUUUGGAAUAAGUCGACAGCAGCAAAGAGAAUGGAGCCCAGAUCUGGACAUAAUUCCGAUAAUGCUUCGAAGAUCAAAUCUUCUCCACAACCUGAUAAUAAAAAGGUCAUACAAUCUUCCCAAAAUAGGACUACGACUAAGAAGAAAACUAGGUUUCCAUCCUCUAAGCCUCGUUUCUCUGGAAGCCGAUCUGAUGAUGAAAAUCCUGUUAUGAGCAAUGUCAAAAGAUCUCUGUACUAUCCUAUCUACCCACGUAACAGCUUCAGACAAAACCGUGUUUCUAAAAAAUCCAGACCUAUAUCGUCCAAUUCUUCAGAACCUAGAACACAAACUGGUGGAGUGCAAACAACACGGCGUCCACUGCGUCCUAAAUAUAAUCAGAAUACUCGGUUCCAGUCCAAAAGAAAGCUUGAUUUCAAAAAGAAAAGUGGCGAAAAAACGAUUGCGCAAAAAAGGAAAUUUCCUGCUUCUGGAGAUAGCGUGAGAACAAGCAGAGAAAAUCCAUUUUUGAAAAAUUGUUCAUCAGAACAGGAUUUUGGGUAUGGGAGUGAGGAAAUACAAUUGGAUUAUGCUCAUCUUCCUUCGUGGAUGGAAACUAGUCUCAUUGAUGUUUCAAACCCAUAUAUUUGGAACUCUUAUCAAUUUGGAGUCGCUGAAGAGCAACAAGAAAUCUUACCUGAUGACAACGACAGUGAAAACCCAAAAGAAAUGCCAUUUUCAAGUCGUUGGUAUCGCGAUUCACAAACUGGACUUCUUACUUUUCACCCUCUGAAGACUUCUAAAGAUGAAUCAACGUCAUCUGGGUCCGCAAGUCAAAGAACUUCAUCACUAAGUGAGGAGGAUGAUUGUAAUGAUCUAAUGGAGGAAGUUGAUUUAGAUUCAGGGGGUGAAACAGCCCCGGAAAGUUGGAUGUGGUGCCCCUCACCCUCAUUAUGGGAAGAUGGCCAAGAUUCUCCAGUAAGUCGCUUACAGUCGGUGUAUAAGAGAGAAUUAUUGUCUUUGGGUGCGGAAAGUCAUGUAAGCGACAUUUCUGGCAGAAUUUGGGAAGAAUAUAAAACUAUCUUUUUGGAUCUGCAAGAAAUGGACAGCGGGAGCGACCACGAAACAUCGCAAAGCUCUGCAGAAGAAAGUGGAGAUGAUCAGCCACCGAUAAUAACGAAUGUUUGGGCAGUUAGUGAGGAAGAUUUUUCGUAUCAAAAAUGUGCGGAAUUCGCUCCGAGAGUGGAAAAUAUUCGACCAAGUGUGUUUGACACUCCACAGAAAGAUGAAGGCAGUUUCGAUAUCUGGACCGAAGCUCUACCAUCAAAUUUUGGAGGUGCAAGCGAAAAACUGAACUACUCCAACUCGUGUACCAAUUUCAGAUCUUUGUCAUCACCAACAAGAGAAUUAAAAGUAGGUAUCGGAAGUAGAUCCGACAGCAACCUGUGGGGAUAUUCCCAAAUGUCAGCACAUCCAACUUGGUCUGUGGAGGACGACUUACCUCGUGAAAAGGUAAUCCCAUGUGAUAAUGAGCUCACAAAAUUAUUAGAAAACGGAAAAUUUGGAUAUUUCUGUCAAGGAUUAAAUAAAGAUUGUGAAUGCGACUGCUGGAAAGAUGCUUCAAAAGAUCUCUGGAGCAUUUCUCCUAAACCUCAGAUGCAGCAUACGGUGUGGGGUGGUGGUGAUAUGCCGGCACUUCAAAAGCCUGAUACCCCACAAGAUCAUAAUUAUGACGAUAGAAUGAUGCAUAACCUUGUUGACGCCUUGUUUUCAGACCUUAGUUUUGAUCUGUUGUUUGGUCCGAGAGAUGACGAACCUUUGUAUUCUGAGUUUGAGCAACGAAUACCAGGCUUCACUCCAGGAUUUGACCCCAACUUUCAAAGAUGGAGUUUUGAUUUUCGCUCUCUUUUCGUUGAAACACCUAUCGAAAAUUUCCAAUCCCCUGACAACAGUCCUUGGCAACCACGAUGGAAUAUUGAUGAUCUAUUUUUCAAAGCUGGAUUUUCUCAAAUGCCGACUCGACUUGAUGACAUCUUCGAAUCGAUUGCUUCCAGUGAAGAAUGUCAAGACCUGAAUCCAUGGUCCACUGAACAUGAUUCUGCCGAUAAUGAUCUGGCGAACAAAAAGACAACAUUUUUGGACAGCGUGACAGAAAACGAGGCUUGGAAAACUUCACUGAGAAUUGGCAACAUAUGGCAAUCUAUUGCAGGAAUUCGUCCAGUUAAUGUUAUCUACAGUGAACACAAACCUGGCCCAAGUUCGGAUGAGAAAUUGAUACCGUCAUCAGCCACUCAUUUUCGGCCAAUCAGUGCUGUGACAGUUGAAAAUGAUGUGGAUGAGACACCUAAUUAUGAUUCUGACAUGAAUAUGGAUACAACAAUGGCUUCUGAAGAACCAGUAUAUUAUGACACUGGACAACAACAAUAUGAUCCAAUAACAGAAACAGGAAAUCCUGGAACUGAUGCAUUACCAACCAUACCAAUGAUAGAAGAACCAAGCUUCCAGGUCAACUUCAGCAAACUAGGUCACGAUAAAUCAAUGCAGACGGCUUUUGAAAUAUCAGUUCAACAAGAUAUAUCGACAACAUGUCAGGACCUGUUAGCAAGACCACCAAAAGCCAACUCAAGAUGAACUAUUUUUCUUGAGAAAAACUAAAAGUUUAAGAAAAUGGUCAAUAUUAAAAUAUUCACACAAAAAAAAAAUUGCAUUGUCAUUGAAAAAAAUAUUGCUGAAUGAUCAUUCAUGUAGUAUGCAUGAAGUAAAUAAUUAGAAAAUUAAUUUGAAAAAGUUUGCAGUUAUUAAUUAAUAAAAAUCAGCAAUUAACUUCAAUUAGAAACUUGUAUAAUGUUACAUAUUUGUACAUGAGUGUGAUUCUGUUGUUAUUUUGAUUUUGUUUUGCAUUUGAUAAUAUGACUUGUUUUUACUCCCAUAAACAGAAAUAUGUUAUUGAGGCUCUGUUUGUUUCUUAAUAUGAAAAACUAUUGCUUGUCAUAGCUUGUUUACCAAUUAUUCUAAUUACCCAAGAUCUAUAUUUCAUGUUUGGCCCAUAGUUGUUCUAAAUCUUAUGCUGUUGUGGUAUAUACACCCUUUCUGGCAGGGAUGACUGAAAUUGAAAGAUCUACUUACUAUUCAGAAUACGCUCUGAAAUAAUAUUUUAAAAUGUGGAAUUUUGAAUUUAUACUGAAUUCGGUCGUGUUUGACAGAGAAAUUGAAUAGAUGGAAGUUUAUUUAGUAAUGCAGAUGGGGUGGAAUUUUAUAGUUUUAAUCUGAAGUCAAUGAAAUAUUUAUUUUUUGUUCUGUCAAAUAAUCAAAAUUGGUAUUCUCCAAAUUACACUGUACGCUUUCUUCCUAAAAUCAAUAAUUCACCAUCGAAUAUAACUGAUUUUGUAUUUAUUCGAACUUGCCUCAAGAUCUGGACAUCCCUGCACUCAGGUAUAACUUGAAGUAAAUAAUAUCGCAUAUAAUUAAGAUAAGUAACUGUUUCACUUAGCACCCUAAUUUUUAUUAUAAAAAACGAAUGUUGUUUUGGCCAUCAGGCUGAAUCUAAAACAUUUUGCUAGAUAUUUAGAAAUCUAGCCGUCUUUUCUGAUAUUUUUUUCAUCAGAUUCUCCUUUUUCCAUGCUCCAAGAAAAAAAAUCAAAAAAAAAUAAUAAAAAAGUAAAACAAAAAAAAAGUAUACAAAAUGAGAAUUUUAACUUUGAUUUUCUGGUUACUUUUCUCUGGAUAUUUUUCUCCACAUUGUUUAUAAAUCGAUGUUGAAUAAUUCAUGAUGAUUAAUUUGAUUCAUAAAACGCUUCUCAAUGAUUUGAUUGCAAAUUUAUUUACUUUUUUUUUUAAAAACGGAAGUAACUUUUUUUGUUGACAUCCAAGCUGGAUGAUCAACGUUUACCCUUUUCAUCUACUUUGGAAUUUAGCCGACACGCUUGAGUGAUUUUAAAGAGCUUGAGCUAAAUUGUGUAUUGGUCUCCCAUUUUAAAAGGCCAUAACAUAAUUAUGGUGCUUGUCCAGUGCUAUUCUAAAUUCUGCAACUUGAAGUUUGCAACCCAAAUAUUCAUUUAAAACAUUUGCUUUUGUAGCGUUUCAUAUAAAUCUAUCUCCCAUUUGAUUAAUACUCCUCCAAAUGAAGUACUCAGAAUGUAAUGUUACAAAAAACCUAAAUAUUUGAUUCUAAUUCUUUUUUAUACCGUUUUUAUUUCUUGAUCGAAAAAAGUACUUCGUUUAUUCUUUUGGCUAAAUAAAAUAUUCUAAUCCUAGUUGAAUAGAUUCCCACAUGAUAACUGAAAAAUAUAGCCUGUCCUGAAAGUAUAAAUGGAUAAAUAUCUUCCGAUAUAUUUUAGUAUUUUAUGUAGUGAACUUAUAGUUGGAGGUGUGAAAGGAGCGCAUUUCGUUCUUCUGGGACAGUUUUCCUUUUCCGUCCUUUAUUAAUAUCUUCAAAGCUUUGGGGGACAUUUAUUAACCCCGUCACUGAGAGGCGAUAGGCAUGGAACCAGUAAGGAUACUCCUAUGUAUAUUGUCUUUCGCAAAAUAAUUCUUUAAUUUUAGUUAGGUAUGGCUCCAAAGUCUACACUAAGCGUUAUUUUGCGAAAUUUGUCCUCAGCUAUUCUGGCCAGAAAUUUGUUCAGAUUCAUAUUUAAUGAAAAUUUUACGAAAAAAAUUCGAUUCAUCGUGAUUGACCUCUGACCUUUUCUGAAAUUUGUUUAGACAUCUUCAUUGUUAUCAUUGUUGGACAUCUGGAUUGGUUAGCUGCUUAAGUUUAUAUUAACAUGCCUAACUAUGGUAACUUACUGGUUCCUAGAUAUCCCUCUCAUUAUUACGCUUGAACUAUGCUUUCGAAGUAGAUUUGUUCGUUUUUCUUUGUGUUGUCUCCAUCCUGUCAGAAAUUAUCAAAUCUAGUCGAGUGUUGGUUAGAAAAUUUUAUUGUUUAGACCAUUGGUUCUCAAACUUUUGAGCCCCCUUUUUAGAAUUUGUCAAGUCUAGCGCCUUACCUCAAACUAGCUAACAUUAAGCUACAAAUAACAGAUGCUAAGGCGAAAGUAUGUUUCAUUCAGAAAACACGUUGAAAAUACGUGGUUGGAACAUGAGUAAAUAAAAAGUUUUGAAAUUUAAAUAUCUAAAAUAAGGCAGGCAAGAUCAAAUCUAACAAUUAUUUCCAAUUAACGGUAGCUUCACGUUCCUCACAAAAUUGUCUAUGCCCCAUUAGCGGGCCGCGUUUGAGAACCACUAGUAUAGACAGAAAGUGUAAAUUAGUGUUUCGAAACCAUAAUAGAAUUUAAAAAAAAUCGUUUCAAUUUGUAAAAUUUUUUCCUGCUGUCUGCCUCAUCCAUCAAAUACAUUCAUUUUCUAAUGCUCAUCAUCUCUCAGUUGAGCAUUAGUCAAGAUUGCAACUGACGUCUUUCAUUUGAUUAUUUCUUGCACAGGUGUCUUGUAUUGUUGAUAUAUAAUAAGUGUUAUUUAUUUAUUGCUAUGAUACAAUGGGCAUUUCAUUUCUUCUAUAGUCUUUUAAGUUAUUGUUCUCCCACUUUAACAUUGUAUGUCUCGCAACCUAUCUAGAUUUCGACUUCAUAUUGAUUUGUUACAUCUUACUCAACCUCGACAAUCCAUAUUCUCAAGUUUUAUUCGUUUCUUAUCACAAAAUAUACUCUGUAUUGGUCUUUGGCUAAACUUAAAUUCUCAAAAUUCAAUUAAAUUGUUAAUAUGAUAAAUUUUCAGCAUGGUAGCGCUGAAUGUACCGGCUACAAUAUCAUUGGCUCGAACAGAAAAUGUUGAAGUGGGAAGUAUUUUGCUUGUAUUGUUUAUUUUGUUGGUAACUGAAAAAAGUAGUUGAUAUACUACCAGGUAAUUGCAUGUAAAGUAUGAUUAUUCAAUGAAUGUAUUAUUGCAUGCAUAUUAUAAGAAUGUAUUGAUUUUGAAAAUACCAUUAACCACUAUUUUAUGAUUACAUGGAAAAUAGUUGAUUUAGAUGCAUUUUUGUUAAUCUUAUUCUAUGAAAGACUGAUCGACUAUGAUUGGAGUUGAAAAUUCUUUCACAAAAAUAAUUUUUUGCCAGUUUUGGCAUUUUUGUUCUAAGUGAUGCCUCAAUGACUUAUGGAAUUGAUUUUUAAUUUGUGUUGAGAGUUAUUUUUCAUCACUAACAGUCAAACGCUCAUUUGAUAAUGUUAGGAUGGAAAUAUGACAAAAAAGGUUUAAUAAAUUAGCUCUUCAUUUGGUCAUGAUCAAAUUAAUAAGGCAAUUAUAAUUUUAAUUGUUGUUUGAAUGUGUUCUGAGUUAUUUUCAUAUGCUUGCCUGAACACAUAUUAUGCUUAUUCUGAUACUAUUAUCUUAUUUACUUGCAUGUGAGAGAUUGAUGAUGCAUGCCAGUUGGAGUGAUGAUUCCCAGAUUUUAUAUUUGGCCAAUGCCCAUCUUCUAUUUGGUGAAAUUUCCCAUUGUUAUACCAGAAUAGCAAAUAAGCAUAUCCAGUAAAGUAUGAUGUAAGACUUUGAUGAUGUCAUAUAUAUCCUGGUGAAACACGACAGCGAUUAUAACAGAUUCAAAAGCCUGAUUCGGAAUGCCCCUUUUGCGUCCAAAUUACUUAUAUUCAGUUAAUUUGAUAUUAAUUAUGGCGCUUUAAAAUUGUUAUCCAAUAUUGAUAUUGUCAAAAUUGACUCUUUAGUUUGUGUUUGAUUCUUCAUACUAUUGUUUUUGAUGUGCCUGAUAAACAGAAAUUCAAGCUAAGGUAGCUCCGCUGUGAUAGGAAAAUUUUUAACCUCUUGAUUUUUGCUGAAAUUUAUGGUGGUGCCCUGGACACUCUUUCAGUCUUAUUCUUUAAAAAAUUUGGUAUUUGAGAGUGGCAAAUCUGGCAUAUUUGAAAACAGCUCUCUUUUGGCUUACCAGAAAUUUUGUUUUAUUAUCCUGUAAAAUAUUGAAAUAUGUUGUUUUGUUUUCAGUUUUUGUCGCAAAAUGUUGUGAUCUUCUAUUCAAAUUCUUAUUGUAACAUAUCUGGCAUUGUAUCGCAUAUUAUCUGGUUCAAUAAAAUUUUGGAAAGUGUAUUUCGGAAAA